CCAGCCGUGACGUCCUAACUUUUCCAACAAUCUCGUCACUUUAACAUCAUGGCGUAGCGAUGUGGACGGACAGCCGGGGGUAGCACUGGUGGGCACGGAGACGUUUAGGAACAUAACCGUUGGAAUUUUUAUUAUAAAUACAGGAAACUUACCAACUCUCGUCGAGAGGAGAUUCGGUAACGGUUUUUUAUCAGCGACUGAAGAUGAUGUCUGAUGCCAGCGACAUGUUGGCAGCUGCACUCGAGCAAAUGGAUGGCAUCAUAGCAGGCUCCAAGGCUCUAGACUACUCUAAUGGACUAUUUGACUGCCAAUCACCUACCUCUCCCUUCAUGGGCAGCCUGCGGGCGCUGCACCUUCUGGAGGACCUGAGGAGCGUCCUGGAGUUGAUGGACACAGAGGAAAGGGAGAGUCUCCGCUGCCAGAUCCCCGACUCCACAGCUGACAGUCUAGUGGAGUGGCUCCACGGUCACCUGUCCAAUGGGCACAUCUCCCUCAGUGGGAGUGACCACUACCAGGAAAGGCUUUCCCGGAUAGAGACUGAUAAGGAGUCCUUGGUUCUUCAGGUGAGCGUGCUUACAGACCAGGUGGAAGCUCAGGGAGAGAAGAUCCGAGACCUGGACUUGUGUCUGGACGAGCACAGGGAGAAACUCAAUGCCACAGAGGAGAUGCUGCAACAGGAGCUCCUGUGCAGGACGGCGCUGGAGACCCAGAAGCUAGAGCUGAUCUCUGAAGUGUCCAACCUGAAGCUGACCCUGAACAACAUGGAGAAGGACGGGCUUGACUUCGACAGAUUUAGGGACAGUGAGGAUUUGAUUCUUGAAAUGAAUGAACUUCGGUACAGACUGACAGAGAUGGAGAGUGAAAAACUACAGUAUGAAAAGAAACUCAAAUCCACAAAG